GUUGUCUACUACCGACUAGAACCAUAAUUUUUAAUUUGAAUUAAAAGAUGUGGUUUCUUUUGUGAGAUGGUUGGAAUGAUUUAUUAGAUAUUUUGGUGAUGAUAUGAAUUUGAGCUUGUUUAUGGUCAAUGAUAAUUUUAUUUUAAAAUUGGUGUAAUAUACAAGUCUUAUAUGUUAUAUAUCAUGAACGGUUCUAUCAACGGUUCACCAACGAUUUUGUAACAGUUAACCGGUAAACUCUAAACUACUAACUUUUCCAGUUCAGACUCCGAUCCAGUUCUGAAAACAAGAGGUUUCCUCACUUUUAAAAUACUAUGACGGACGGUACGCUAAAGAAAACGAUGAGACUUCUCAUAUAAGGAAGAAGAUAAUACGCUUUACCGGUGAACCAGACCUAUUUUGGUCAUUCAGAAUGUUUGAGCAGGCCUAAUUGAGUGCUUUUCUCCAGCGGUUGGACCGGAAAGCUGACCAACCGGACAAUCAAUGGUGUGUGGGUGAUCUUUCAACUAGGGUUCACGAAAUGUCCGUGUGCUGUCGCUUAGGGAAUCACUACCCUUUCACAGUUUUACCACAGAAAACGAAGAGAGUUUUCUGUUUUAUAACACCACUGAAACUUGCUGUUGCUUCAGACCUUUCUCUCCGCUCCGUCUCUCUCUCCUUCGCUCCCCGACCGCCGACUUCCUAACGGUUCGCCGCCGUCCUUUAUCACAGUGUUUUCUGUCAGAACGUACGCCUGAGUCCUUUUUUCCUCCCUUGCUGCGGAAGUUUCUGUGAUCUGCGUCGGCUUCAUCCUCCGCCGCUUCAAUCCGGCGGUUACUCCCUCAUUUUCCUGCUUGCGGUGUAUUUUCUUCGUCCUGUUUACUACUCCGCAGUCGAGACGCCGUUGGAAAGGUAAUCAAUGCUUCUCCCUCGCACUCUCUCUCUCUCUCGUUUUUGCUUCUUGUGGAUUUGUGACGGUAGCCUUCAAUUUUUCGGCAUAUUGCGGUUACAUUUACCUCUCCAUCCGGUGAUUCAUGGCGGUUUCUUGGUCUCUAGCGACUAGUACUGUAUUCGUUUCCUUUCGGUACUCCGGCGGCAUUUCAGAGUUAUAUGUGAAACUUGGAACGAUUGAGUUGAAAAUCCGUCUUUGUUUAGUAAUUUUACGGCGAGGACUUGUUGCCCUAAUCUUUGGACCUGUGAAGAACAUUGAAUCUUCUUACUAAAUGGAGAUUGUGUUCAUUUCGGGAGACACAAGGCUGAAACAACACUGUCGUCGUCUUUCUUGUUCCCUUUGAUUUUCCCAAGAGCAAAGGGAUUCUUAUCGUGAUAUAUUACCGUCGAACUUUACUCUCAUUAAUACAAACACUGAAGCAAACAUGGAGUUGAAAAGUGGAAUUGAUUCCAUCAAAUGAACUUUGAUGCUCCUAAUUUUUGUGAUUCUGUGAUGAUUGAUUCAAGUGUCAGAGAUGAACAUGGAGUUUAGUAUCUGUUUAAUUGAGGGGUUGAGUGAUCUCGUCAUUGCACUUUGGUUAUUAGUGGCUAACUUGUUUCUUCCUUCUUUGCUAGGUCUACAAGAUGCUAGGAUCAUUUCUUACUAGAGGACUUGUAUUGGUUUUUGGCUACGCCUAUCCAGCAUACGAGUGCUAUAAAACUGUCGAAUUGAAUAAACCAGAGAUCGAGCAGCUUCGCUUCUGGUGCCAGUAUUGGAUUCUGGUUGCUGUUUUGACUGUUAGCGAGCGAAUCGGAGAUGCUUUUAUUUCAUGGGUUCCAAUGUACAGCGAGGCGAAGUUGGCAUUUUUUAUAUACCUGUGGUACCCCAAAACUAAGGGAACUACAUAUGUGUAUGACUCUUUCUUCAGACCAUAUGUUGCUAAACAUGAGAAUGAAAUCGACCGCAACUUGCUGGAGCUAAGGACAAGAGCUGGAGACAUGGCAAUAUUGUACUGGCAAAGAGCUGCUAGCUAUGGUCAGACAAGAGUCUUUGAUAUUUUGCAGUAUGUUUCUGCUCAAUCAAUCCCAAGGCCUCGCCCUGUUCAGCAGCAGCAGAAGCAACAAGGUCCCAGUGCUCGUUCAGCGUCUAAUCCACCAAUCCGUCGUCAGCCAGCAGGGUCAAAACCAGAACCGGAGGAUCCCCCAUCUCCCACUUCCAGCACAUCAUCGACUCAGCACCAAACGGAACUAGCCGCAGCUGAGGAGGCAGUGAGUUCUAAAUCCCCUCAAGCCACCAUUCCUCCAUCGGUAGCUCCAAAUCAACCAAGAGCCCCUUAUCCAUCAAAAGCUCCCAACGCCCCGACGAGAUCACUCUCCGCUCCAUCCGAGCCACAGCCAAACCCAUCUGCACCGGAAGCAAUGCAGAUCGAAUCCGCUGCAGCACCUCCGUCUAAUGAUCCCGCUGCUGCCGCUGCCCCAAAGGAGACGGUCAUCGAAGAAGCCAUCCGUCUCACUCGUGGAAGGUUAAGGAAAGCCAGAUCAGGAACCAAGUGAAGAAAGGAAGAACAAAGAAAACAGUUUGUUCUUCGGGUGUAAAUUUGCCAUGUCUCUCUUUAGUUUCUUAAUUCCAUUUGUUGCUUUAUUGUUUCAAACACUUCGAAAUGCCAAAAAAAGAAAGUAAAAAAGGGAACAUUUCGGAGGAAGGAACAUGUAACGAGGACGCUAAUUUCACCCUGUUGUCUAAAGAUUGGGGAAAAAGAUCGGGUUCUCAUAGUGGUAUCUGGAAUUGCUGACUGAGCUUAGAAUGUGUAUAUAAUAAAUAAGCGUUUGGUAAAGAGAUUAAUCAGGUAUUCUACUAUUGGAGUGGUAUGCUUUUUGGAACUGCCAAGUGCCAACGGCUAUUGUGUAAAGUCAGCAUCCAUCCCUAUUAUUGGAGUUUUGAGAAAAGAGUAUCCCCAACGGUUCAAUUCCAAAGCAUUGAAGACUUUUGGGUUACGAGAAUGAUUUGGAUGCUGACUUUUUCACUUCUCUAAUCCAUGACGUUAGGUGAAACUCAUGAAACUGGCCUGGACAUUGGACAAAAUGCGUAGAGUGAGUCGUUACGUUGCCUGGCUUCCACUUCGACGGCGCCUGCUUGUAACUAAUCCUUCCACGCAAACAUCCGUAACAAGCAGAGAUAUAUGGCCUAUCAGGCCCAACAGAAACCGAGAUCAUGAUGCCCCAUUCCGUUAAGAGGCCUAUUGGCAAAACUGGAUUUAAACUUAAAAAGGGUUGAAAAUGACAGACUGCUACAAUUGUUCAUGAAACACACAGAUUAAUUUAAAAUUUGGAAGGCUACAAGUACGGUAUACUUAAGGUGGGCAUAGGGUGGUUAGAGUGAAUUUUGACCAUAAAAUGUGUUGGAUGAGUCUCCACGACAGCGUUUCACUGUUGUCGAUUGAUCUUCCAAACACGACGUCGUUCUAGACUCCUCGGUGUCGUUCGCUACUGUCGACUCUCCAUGUCGUCUCUCGUAGUCAUUCAAAGACAACCCAUCUUUGAAGACCUACUUUUCUUCUCAUUAGCUCCACCUUUUCUUCGUUCCUCUCAAAAGGUGUCGCUACCCAGGACGACUUCCGGUCUCUAGGCUAGCUUGUGUAGAUUCCUUUAUGUAAAGGGUCAUUUGCUUCCCUUCUAUUUAAACCCUGCUCAUCUGAUUGUUAGAAACUGACAGUUUACGGAGAGAUUAAGUAGAGAGUGGUCUUCUAUAUUGGGUUCAGUUUCUUUAUCUUCUUCGGUAGCUCGACUCACAGUGUUGGUUUUGAAUCGAGCUUGGGAAGUAGAUUGACAGGUUUGUGUUGUUGUAUAAGAAGAAAUCAUUGAUCGAUUUCUUCUUAAGGUUUGUUAUCUGUUCGUUGGAACUCCUACGUGUAAUCCUUCUAUUUUGUUUCAAUAAAACUCCUCCUUCCUCAAACUCACAAAAUGCACUCAUUCGUGCUUAAACGGAUUGACAAUUUUUAACCCACCGCCCACUCACAUUUAGUUUUGGGUUGGGUCGGGUGGAUGGCGGGUGAUGCCGGUGGGUUUUCAGGUCAUCCACAUCACAAUGUGCAUAAUAUAAAUGAGUCAACUUGACAAGAUCGAUUUAUAUUUCUGAACCCCUUGUGUAAUGUCAAUAUGUAAAAUAAAAAUCCAUUUCAACAUCCAUUCACCCUCCAAAUUUGAAAAUUAACCCCUUGUAUAAUGUCAAUAUGUAAAAUAAAAAUCCAUUUCAACAUCCAUUCACCCUCCAAAUUUGAAAAUCACUUCAAGUGGCAAGAUAAUUGGUGGAGAGUUACUAGGAAACAAGAAGAUGGAAUUAGAAGAAAAAAUGUUGAAUUAGUUUGAAAUUGGAUAGAAAUAAUUUUAUGGAGGUGUUCUCUACGGAUAGAAAUGAUUAUCGAGUGUAGGAAACUAAAAAUAAUAAUUCAACAGCGGU